AUCGGAGGUCCUGUUGGGAGGAGCUGCAGGACCAGUUCAUUUUGGCGGUUCAAUUUCAACAUGGCUGAAGUGAGCCAAGAUAAUGAGGCUGCGGAAAAGGGGCCCGAGGGUUCAUCUACAGAAGCUGUGCCAGGAGACACGACCAUCUCCAGGGUGAAACUCCUCGAUACCAUAGUGGACACUUUCCUCCAGAAACUAGUCGCGGGCAAGAGCUAUGAGAGGUUCGCCAGCUGUUACAAACACUUGCACCAGUUGAACCCUGAGGCGACGCGGUGGAUCUAUGACAAGUUUGUGGCUCAGUUGCAGACGUCUAUCCGUGAGGAAAUCUCAGAAAUCAAAGAGGAGGGGAACCUAGAAGCUGUCCUGAACUCCCUGGAUAAGAUAAUAGAAGAAGGCAAAGAUCACGGAGAGACAGCCUGGCGACCUAGUGGAAUCCCAGAGAAAGACCUGUGCAGUGUCAUGGCACCCUACUUCUUGAAGCAGCAGGAUACCCUGUGCCGUCAAGUGCGGAAACAGGAAGCCAAGAACCAGGAACUGGCUGAGGCUGUGCUGGCCGGACGCCGGCAGGUGGAGGAGCUACAGCAGCAGGUUCAGGCCGUCCAGCAAACAUGGCAGGCUCUACACAGAGAGCAGAGGGAGCUGUUGUCGGUGCUGAGGGCGCCCGAGUGAGAAGCCACGGGGCCCCAGAGCUGAGAGCAGUCGCAGCCCUGUAGAGCACUUGUGGAGCCAGUUUCCAGGUAGUGAUGAAGCCCCCUCUACUGCUCAGGUUCUGGGAGGGUCAGACUACCUUCAGCUUCCUGCCGCCAUCUUCUGCCUGCAAGACUGGGACUCCCACCCUGGGCAUCAGACACCAGGCUUUGUCUCCUGGAGUUGCAGCCAGCACUGCCCCAUGCCUUCCUGAUUCCCCAGCCCUCCCUGGACUGGAUUUGGGUAGUGUUUCAGUCUUCACUGAUUGCCGCCUUGUUGACCAGCUCACGGUCCCUUGCCAUGUUCUCCCCGGCUGAUUGCUGCCUUGCUGGCUAGCCCAAGGGCCCUUGCCAUGUUCUCCCCACAUCCGUAAAUAAACUUCCUCUACCACACUGUAA